UGUUGAUGGGUAGUAUGCGCUGGGAGCUUGUGCCAUGGCAAUGAUCAAAACAUGUGCGGGGCAAAGGCUUGCUUGAGGCUGUUGGCUGCAUGGCAGGAUGAUUCCUGCAAAUGACCAACGUCAACAUCGGCGUUUAGGCCUCCUGCAGUGCGCGUUGCGAAGGUGCGCGGUGGUCUUGCGGAUUGGUUUGGCAUUGAGCAGCUUGAUUUUGUUGAUCACCGUGGGUGGUAGUGAGGAUACAGUGGUGAAUUGCACGGUCCUUGGCUUGUGCGUAGGAUUGGGUGUGGGCGCAGCUUUUGGAGUUUGGUCGCUUCUGAUAGCCGUGAAGCACUGGUGCCAUCCGAUAGCUGAUCCCAGUGGACACAUUUGGCAAUACUUCCUGCACUUGCUUUGCGUUUGGGCUGGUGUGUUCACGUUUUUCGCCUUCGUGAACUUGGCCCCGAUUUUUCUGGUGCAGACCUUGGCUUGCUUGGCAGCCGCUUCCUUUGCUCUGACAGUUGGGAGUGUAUUGCUCCGGACUUGGUGGAGUUUGGCAUUGGUACCUUAUUGGGCUGAACGCUUUGGGCUUUUGGUCAGCAUUGCUGCAUGGAGUUUUGCAUACGUGGUGCUGCUUCUUCAUCGCGAAGUUAACGACCAUUUCGCAGGGCUUUCUGCACGAUUGAGUCGUGAGGAGCACUUGGUCCUUUUCAGCUUUGGAGGCUUUCUCAUCAGUGCCGCAGCAUGGUUCUUGGCACUGCUAUUGCCAUGUGGCCGUUGCGCCUUGCAAGGACGUAAAGUGGAAGUAAAGGAAGAGAGCAUCAGCAGAUAUCCUUCGAAGGAGGAACCUGUCCAAGACGAAGCAGCUUUGGAGGUUGAUACAGUCGUGGAAAUCAACGAUGUUCCGGAAGAGGUGGAAGAGAGCGAUGCUGAUGCACGUGAACUCUCCUUGUCCGAAGACUUUCAAGACUCCACCGUGCAGCCGCUGCAUCCUGUCUCUCCAUCUGAUCUUCCGGGAGAAGUGUCUCCCACAUCGGAGGAGGAGAAACAAGUUGCAAAACCAUUGUCUGGUGGAUCGACCGCUGCACCGUUCCCGUUUCCGAGGGGCCCUUCCAGGCCCCGCAGGCGCGAAGAAGCCUGGGGAUCACCCACACGGGGACGUGUGCAGGGGACAGGCCUUUCAGCGGUGCCAGAGGGUGACGAAGACACCGUGGAAGGAGAGCUGCAGGAAGUCUCCCCAGUGCCCCGCUGGAACAUCCAAGCCUUUCUGAGCAACGCUGGCCCAGCCAGACCUCUAGAGGCUUGCAGCGAAGAAUCGGAGAUCUCGGAGGAAGUCUUUGAAACCGCCGCCGCGCCGCCGGAAGCGGCAGAAGCCGCGUGCCUUCCCGAAGCGGAUUCGCCUCAUGGCUUGCCAUCGCCCUGUGAGGAUUUGCCGGUCUCUGUGGUUGAGACCGCCAGCCCGGUGGCACGGCUCAGCCAAAGUGAAGCUCGCAAGCGCCAUUGGCGGAAAGUGCUACAGGCACCUCAAGCACUCGGUCUAGCUGACAUCUCUUUAGCUGAUGUUGGACGUGCUGCUGUAGUUUCAUUGGCUGCGCACGCCUGCGCUGGAUUGAUUUUGCUGUUAGGCGGUUACAUCUUUGUCGUGGUGCUGGCACUGCUGUCCGUAAGAGUCUUCUUCCUGCUGGCUGCAUGGCUGGACCAAGUUCAACUAUCAGAUCCUGAAACUUGUCAGGUAGUUGCUGAGCAGGCGGAACUCUCUCCGGAAAUGUCAGUGGCAUCGACAUCCCCCUCCAGCUCACCACUGGCAAAGGUGCCUGAAGCCUAUGCUGCUUCAUGGGGCUUCUUUCCUCCGGAUCGCCCCAAUGACGGUCCAGAUGCUGAGAGGCUCGGAGCUAUGCCGUCAGUGCAGGAGGAGCCAAGUGACAUGAGGGUAGAGCUUGGUUCAGGUCAUAUUGGAGAAACCGCUGUCGACCUCGUUGCCGGCGCGUCCGUUCCAACUGAUCAAAUUGAUCAAGGAGCUGAUGCUUUGAGAAAGACUGCACAGCAUGCUGAACGCCCCGGAGGUGCAAGGCCAGGACGACGCCGACCAGGUCCAGAAGCGCAACCGGGCAUCGACGACAACCUACCGGGUGAGUCACUUCAGCAGGAUCUGGACCGACCUCAGGCGUGGCAAGAAGGCCUUCAAGAUCUUCAAGAGAGCCGACUUGGCUUCAUCAGAGAGACUCCACAACCGGGUUUGCCCCACUUCCCUUCACCAUCGCCGCAGAGCCACACAUGGAACGAGAUCAUUGGUUCCACAGACUCUUCGACAGACAGAGGGCAAGGGUUUCUGGCACUUGCUCAUGAUGAGUCGAACUUGAUGAAGCAGUCUUUGGAUCGCCUUCGGAGCUCUCGCUGGGUGGCGGUCGCUGCUGGAAUGGGCACGGCUCUGGCCCUUGCACUUCUUUCUAUUCUUCACGCGCUCCUGCUCUUUUUUGUGUUUGUGUUCGACCUGGUCUUCAUUGAGAAGUAUGCAGUUUCCGGCUUGUCCCGGCAAUUCAUUCUUGCAGCCGUGAAUGCGACCUGUCUCGAUAGCCAGCGGCUCACCAGCUUGGGCUCCUUUGGGCCCUCGGAGUGUGCACGUCAGGUCAUGAGGUCCACCUCGCAUAGUGCCUUCUCCAUGGGCCUUUUGGGUGAUCAUGGUGCUCGUGCUUGCUAUCCACAGGAUGGCAUUUCAGAGGCCUCAUUCAUUGAUGUCUUUUAUGGUGGAGAGAAGGCGUUUUGCCCCUGGAUGCCCAGCCCUGGUUUCGACUUCUACGUGAUCGAAAAACAGCAGCCAUGUAGUGUGCUAGGCCGAGGGACCUCACUGAUCGUCAGCAAUGCGACGGCCUUUUCCCAUCGGAUCUCCGACGAUUUGCCGGAUGCAUUGGCAUCACGAUGCAGUUCUUGCAGCAGUGUUGUGCAGUCCAUCCUGGACGUCGCACGUGCCCUUCUUCGUGCAGAUGUUGUCUUACACCAGCUCCUCUCUGCCGCCACACCUGGUUUCCACCGCUUGGGAGCUGCAGCCUUCGCGUUGGGAGCUGCUGCGGCGAUUUUGCUUCUCGUGCUACUGGACGUGUUCUUUCUUCUGGCCUUGGGCCGCAAGGCUACGGCGUUGCGGCUGGGUGUGCCCCUUCUCCACUAUGCUGCAGCCAAUGUCCUUGGGCAGGUGCUGGAGCAGCUGGUCAUUCUUUUGCUACACUGCGUGCUUAUGGCUGGCAUGUCGUUCCAGCUUGAACUUGCACAUGACUUCUGGCCUGAACUCCAUUGUACUAGAAGCAAGCAACUAGUGGAGGGUGAGCACAAUGCUUGGCAUCAGACAGUUCAUUGGACUGGCACUGCGUUGGUAUUCUUUGCCGCUGCCAUUUCGCUGAUCCUGGCGGCUGCAUUGCUUGGAGGCUGCACCUACCGGUCGCACAACGUUCUUCCGCGUUGGGCUCUGUCAAUGGCAUGUCCUCAUGAUGCCAAACUGUCCCGCUUCACGGCCGGUCCUGCUUCAGAGUGCAGGCACGAGAUUUUGGCUGUGGACCCAGAGGUGUGUGGCUUCAAGGCACUGAUCCGACCGCUGCUGGGUGCUCUCGCAUCCCUUGGCAUGUGGCACCGGAGCACCAGCGUAGCAUUCCAGGUGGUGAAGCGACAGGAUUGGUACUUGCCCUCCAUGCCCGAUGACUCCAUUGGCUAUGUGUUUCCAUCCGACUGUGUCAGCUGGAUGAGUGUAGCAAGUGCUACUGUCAAUAGCUUGUCAAUCUCGUGGCUGUUGCUACCAUACGGCGCCCUUCCAGCGAGAGCCUCGUUGUAUCUCAACGAAUGCAUUCUUUGUGCAGCUGGAACCGAUGGUGGCAACUCUGCGGACGAGCCUGAUCAGCUUGCAAGCCAUGUUUUUGAGGAUACUGACCCUGCUUUGCACUUGGCACGAUGGGCUGCAGCCUGUGGGCAGUUGGUGACUUUGCUGCUUUUGCUCGCAGUGGAUUUCUUCAACGCCGAAAAGCGGGAGAGGCUCAUUUUCCAGCUCCUGCUUGCAGGGGCCUUCCUCAGCGCUUUGCGCGCGAUCAUGGCCUUGCUGCAGGGCAUCACCUGCUUCCUCCGGCGGCGAGGGUUGGUCUUUGCUUGCUGCAAGUUGUUGCAGGAGUCCCUGCCAGCUCGGGUGGUGCAGAGCUACACCCGUGCUCAGCAGAAGACGAUUCCAAGGUCUCGCAGCGAAGAAGAGGCAGACGCGCUGGGCAUCCAACCCUGGCGAGCAGGCCGGUUCUUUGGCAAGGCAUGCGACCGGGCCACUGCUCGGGUGCCCUUAAGGUCCUCUCCAGAACGAGAGGAAGAUUGCUUGUUUGGACUAACGAUCCACGAGCGCAAACGAGUUUUGGUGGCGUGCCGUGACUUGUUGCAGCUGGACUGGGUAAAGUCAGCUCACCUGCCGGGACACAUUCGGGGAAAGCUGGCCGCUGCGAGGAGCAGCCGCAGUCGCCGUGUGCGCUUGGCUGAAGCACUACGAGGUCGUCAAGUUGCAACUGGAUGGCUUUGUGGGGCUUUUCUAUUAGCACUGCGGGAGGUCGCUGAGGAGGACUUGUGCGCUCAAAAAUGCGCUGUGGAGGCAAAACUUGUGGCGUCCAAGCACCUUCGCCAGCAUUGCACGCUACAAGCCGCGAGGCUUCAAAAUUGGCUUCAAGCUCAUGCCAAGAGCCAAGCGGCUCGAUGGGCUUCUGCACUCUGGAACUCAGGUGCGGUUGGAGACAUCCUCGAAGCCAGCAGUCAAGAGCAAGAGGCCAUGAGCUUCGAAGAGGAAGGAUGGGGCAAGAUAGUGCAUGAGGAUGACAAGGACAACGCGCUGGAGGAGGCAAAGCAGCAAUCCACGCGAGCCACAGAGAAGUCGGAUGGCUUCAGUGCUCAGAGUUUAUCUUGCGCGAGCGCCAUGGCCAUGCGAUCAUCGCCAUGGAAAGCAACUGAUGCACCGCAAAGCCUCCGGAUGUUGUUUGCCGUGACGCAGCAGGGUCUGGUACGCAUCAGUGGCCAUUGGGCAGCUGGUGGCCGAGAGAUUUUGCCCGAGCAGCAGGCCAGCAUCAACAUCACGGCACAAGCGGAGGUUGUUUUGCAUUGGCCUCGCAACGGUGUCAGCUCCAGUGAUGUGCAGGUGGAGUUCAUUUCACAUCAGAUUUGGCCGUCCCUUCCGCCAAAGGAUGCCCAGUCAGGAAGCCCCAUGACAAAGCGCAACGAGCGACAUCAGAAAAGUGUUUGCAGGAGGCGCUUGGGAACUUCGAGGGCACAGCGGAAGGAGCUACAGUGGGAACACAGGCGAUGGGCAGGAUGUUGCACGAAGGCCCCAGCUGCAGCGGAAGAUGAUCGAAUGGAUUCGCUUUGGCGAGUUCAAUGCUGUGUCGAAUGGGGUGAAGAUGCGAAGGUGUCCGAGUGCGACUCGGACAAGGAUGCUGUACAGCUCUUCACAGAGCUUGGCUGCUUGAGUUGGGUGCCUCCGGUGGCUUUGCCUGCGCUGGAUCCUUCACAGAAGCUGCGUCCAAAGACCAUGGACAGCUGCAUGGCCGAGUCAAGCACGAGAUCCAGUCAGCUCUCUCAGCUUGGUGGCCGUGUUGCAGCACUCGUGGGCGGUGGACCCGCUGGCUUGUUGGGCCCUGUGGCCAAAGUGCCGCAGCAGGACCCUGCCCGGCUGCCAGAGGAACUUUGCUUGGCAGCUGAAGCAGCGGCAUGGACAGCUGCCUCCGCGGCGGCUGUGACGCCCAAGGUGACCAUGCAGAAGCUGGAGGUGGCCUUGAGAUGGAAUCCGCAGCAGCUUCCUGCGGCCUUUUUCGGCGCGCUCUAUGCUGGUGUUGGGGGACUGACUCAGGCCGAGCUCCGGCGUCAAUCCUGGCUCACCGCCGCGGCCGCUCGGAAGAUGCGGAGGAUGCACCAGGCACAGCUACGGUCUGCUAUGAUGGCUGCGGGCAAAUGUAGCGAGAGCUUGCUCUUUUGGACGGCCUGCCGGGAGAGGAAGCGUUGGCUACGCAACUCAGAGCGUGGCCGAAUGGGUUUGACCUUCCUGGGGCUCAAAGCAGCUGAUGGGAAGCUCCCGCAGGCGGGUGACGCAGCAGCAGAGAUGGAUGUUGCCGAAGGGAGCCAGGGAGCCACAAUCAUCCACAGUCUUGGACUUUGGCAUGAUCCAGUCAGUCCACACAGGACGAGAAGCCAAAGUCGCAGAAGUAGUGAAGGUAGCAUCACCGACCAAGUGACAGCAUUCUCAAGGCCCAGCACACCUCCAGUCAUCGUGACGGAAGUGGACGGGCCAGAUGGAAGCGAUGCGCCAGCAGGUGGUGCUCACUGGAGAAGCCUUUGCAAUUCCUCUCCAGUCCUUGGCGAAGGGCCAACUCACAAGUUCAAGGAGUUCAUGGACAAAGCUGCCAAGGACCCGGAUGUGUCAGAGUUGGCCAAAGCGCUGGAAGAGGCAAGACAAGGUGCAGUUCCUCCGUCCGAUCUUUUGAAGAUGGAGCAGUGUUUCGAACAGCUGAUGACGCUGGAGAGGGCAGCUUUGGGCCUUCUGGAAGCCGUCCAGAGCGGCAGUAUCAGGCAGCUCGCUUCCCGCCUCAGCAUGGCACGUGAGCUGGGCCUGGAGAACGGGGCUUUUCCAGAUGCCACAGGCACCGGCGUGGUGCAGCUUGCAACUGAUAAGCUUGAAGAGGAAAAGGCAGCGGUCCCCUUGCGGCUGGGUGCAGCCUUACAGGCCUUUGCUCGAAAGGACAAUAACAUCCUGGGUGUUGGAGUGAUUGCCUUGCAGCGCUGUAUUGAUCAGGCACGUGCAGCUGAGAUUCAGGACCACGCUAAGAUCUACAGGGUAGAAGCCAAGCUUCACUUGCUUUGCGAGCGCAAGCGCGAGAUUGCGCUCUUGAAGGCCGCCAUGGCAGUUGAGGACGCGUGGUUGCUCAAGGCGGCGACAGAGGAGUGCAGGCAACGGUUUGGCGACUCUUUUGGCGUAGACUUGACACUUGCCAAGUACCAGUUGGAGAUCUGGGAGAAGGCACAGGAGGAUGCGCCCGCCCCACCUCAGGAUCGCCGGCCCAGUUGGCUCAGGCUUGAAACACAGCCUCGCUCUCAUCCUGAGCGAGCUGAUGUGCCACCUUUGGGUCCAGUGUCCGUCGAGGAGAGAGCCAAGGCAGCCUUGCGUGCUGUGAUGUUCUAUCAGCCUCCGCAGGCCGAGCUCCUGCGUUUGGCCAUUGCACGUGCACGUCGAGUGGGUGUUGAAUCGGAGCAAGCUGAACAGUUGCUCCAGGAGGAACGUGAGGUGGAGCGAGCGCUUGAACAGCUGCGCCGGGCGUCAGCCGCUCGAGAUGUGCGAGCACUGCGACGGGCCAUUGCAGACUGCACCGACGCUGGAGUAGACCAGCGGGUUUUGAUGCCUGCAACGUCGCAGCUUUGUGAAGCUGUGAGUGAACUCCUGCGGCGUGCGCAUCAGCAUGGCCUUUCGCUCGCCAUCUUGAAUGAGUUAGACAGGGAGCGCCAAGAGGUCCGUUGUGCACUGGCGGAGACACAAUGUGGUCUUCGUAGCAUUUGCCGAGUACGGCCACCCUUGGCCCAGGAGUUGCGUGAGGCCUGGAGAAUGAAUGCAGGCCUUGCUCCUGUACUGAGGCGAGUUGAUCGACGCACCUUGGAGGUUACCUUGGAUGGCAGCUAUGUGACCUGUGACUUCAGCGCCGUGCUCGGGCCAGAGAGCACCCAGGCCGAGACCUACGGGGAGCUCACAGGUUUUGCUCAAGCAGCCCUGGAUGGCCGCGAUGUGGCCAUCAUGGCUUGUGGUGCUGGCCCUGGGGCGGGCACAAGCUACACAUUGUGUGGAACUGCUGAGCAGCCUGGAGUGGUACCCAGGCUACUAGAGGAACUGUUUGCGAUGAAAGAUCGGGAGCUUUGGCGUUCAGAGAUUCACUUCGAUGUGCAGGCCCUGGAAUUUGUGGAAGACAAGCCGCCGACUGAUCUUCUGACCCCCGAUGGCUGCUUCCUGGAACAGAUUCACGCCAAGAGACCUUGCUACAGCCAAGGCCAAGGGAUGUUUGCUCCAGUGCAGUUGGAGGGCGCAGCAACACGUCGUGCCGCCAAAGUGCAAGAAGUGAAAGACUUGGCCGAGGAGAUUUGGCAAGCGCCUUGCCACGCUGAUCGCCAAGCAGUGCUGAUUCUCCACAUUCGAAGGACCAAUCGCCAUACAGGCGUCAUGAUUCGAAGCCGACUGGUCGUCGCUGACCUUGCCGGCAAGCGUCCAGCAGUCCUUGACCGCACUGUGAGCCAAGCAAUUGCAACGUCAGUUGCACUACGCCGCAAGAGCAGCGGCAUUGCGAUGUCCACCUGGUCAGCAACAGCUGCACCCGAGGCAGCUCCACAGGGCUCUGGUAGCCAGGUCUUGACCACGCUGCUUCUAGAUUGCUUCAAUGCUGACCGAGCUCGGAUCGCGCUGGUGAUCUGCUUGCCCCCCACAGCGCCGGACAGGGAGAAAGUGCUCAGCGUUCUGGAGGCACUAGGCUUGCGACAAAGUUGGGUGCAGACUGCCGAAACUCGUGCAGAAAAGCGAUUUCAAGCACCACCCCAGCCCAUCGAGCUGCCGGGCAUACCGAAAUUGCCACCUUCGCCCGUGCUUCUGCAGAUGACAUCCUCACCCGCCUCCUCUCCCAAAAAUUCUGGGACGACCACCUUUGCCUUCGAAUCGAAACUGGCUGAAGAGGACCUGUGAAGCCGAGCGAAGCCAAGCGAAGCCGCGAAGCCGAGCUGCGAGCGGUUUGUGCCAUGCCUGGCCUAAGGCCGAGCUGCACGGUUUACUGUACAUUCUUUUGCACUCGUUUCAUGCUGAGAUCCGGGAGAGG